AUGGCCAAACUUGAAGAUGAUUACCUCCUACCAAUCUACAGUCUACCAUUCUGCAAGUGGCGUCGUAACAAGUGCGACGAUCUGCACGCUUGCGCCGUCACUGCAGAUACAGUCGAUAAUGAUGCCCUCACUACCACCGCUGAUACUAAUGCCUCAAACGGUGUUGAAAGUGAUCCUACCCACCAGUCCCUUCUGGGCGGACAUGAUUGUUGGGCGUCACUGUGCAGCUAA